CCUCCUGCACUCGCUGGAUGGUACGAAAGACUCGAUGAGCGGAGCUGGGAUGACAGGGCACGCUGGGUCCUCCUUCCUCCUGAAUCCUUCCUACGGUGUACAGGACAUGGAGGGGUCGGGCCUGCUACGAGACUCAUUCUCUCAUCCUUCAGACUUGUAUCCUCUGGAGUCGUUUGCACCCUCAGCCGAAUCCUUCCAGCAUUCUCUUGGCUCCUUCGCGUCCUCGGGGGACGCGUUUGUCGGCAACGGCGGACAGUCUGCGCCUUCCAACGGGCACAAGCGCUCAGAGUCGGUGGACAACUUUGGACUGGACGAGAUCCUUUCGAUGCCGUGGCUGAGCGAAGACCCUGAGAAUCUCAUCACUGGCCCCAGCUCCAUGAGCUCCCUAGGGGACCUCUCGCCCGUCACCUCGGGACUCAUCCCCGAGUGGACCAUUGGCAAGUCGAAAUGGUGAGAACCUGAGGACUGUCGCCGGGAGUGGCAUGGGGGGUCGGGAGCUUUCCUGAGUGGACCGUUGACUGGGAGUCGAAGGAGACGAGAUGGAGAGGAGCGGGGCGGGCGGUAGCCUAAGGAACAUCAACAUCUUAAUUAAAGCGUUUAAAGUC